AUGUCUACCCCGACGAGCCCCGCGGAUGUCAAGCUCCCGCAGCGGUCUGGCACCGUGAGCAGCGGCUUUACUCGCCGUACUUCUAUGAGCGACGACGAAGCUAUUCCUCAUACCGACAGCAGUGAGACAACCAAUCUCCUGCUCGAGCGCCUCAGGGCUUGGAAGCACAUGUGCGGAUAUCUCGAGGAUUACUUCUCUGCUACCGCGAAGGUGCAGAAGUCCCAGUCCAAGGAUUAUGAGAAGAUUUUGAAAAGCGUGAACGAACCCCUCAAGGAAGGCCACCACUUUAGCUCCAGCGCUGGCGGCAUCACGGGACUGUUCGAGAACCUCCGCAACAACUCCCAGGGUAUGGUAAAUAUGUACUUGGAAGGCGAAAAGAGCAUCAAAGACGGCGUGCUCCCCACCCUCGAGCGCCUCCACAAGGAGAUCAAGAACAAGUCCAAGGAGCUUAGCUCUGGCGCAUCAAAGGGCGCCAAGGCUGUGGAAAAGGCCCGCGGUCUUACCCAGAAGCACAUCGAGCUACUGGGCCAGAACUCCGCCUCCUUCGACGCAGCAGCCUCCAACAAGAUCGACCAGCAGCAUGACCCCUACCUCCUCAAGCGCGGCAUCAACCACCGCCUCAACAACCAAGUCAACGAAGAGAACAACCACCGCCAGGACAUCCUUGCCGUCCAAAACUCGUUCCAGCAGUUCGAAGCUCACCUUCUGCAAACCGUCCAGGGAGCCCUCCAGCAAUUCCACCAGCACAUGGAGGGCCAAGUCGAGCGCCAACGCGCCAUGUACGCAGACAUCCUCGGCACAGCCCAGCGCAUCCCCCCAGACUUCGAAUGGAUCAACUUCUGUGUCCGCAACGACGCAAACCUCCACCGCUCCACUCAGCCGCUGAUCGAGGGCUCGCUCGAGCGCCGCUCCCGCGCAGUCAUCAAAGGCUACUCAACCGGGUACUACGUGGUAACACCAGCGCGCUACCUGCACGAGUUCAAAGACAACGACGACUUCCGCCGUGACCCCUCUCCCGAGCUCUCGCUGUACCUGCCUGACUGCAUCGUCGGCGCCAUAGACGGCGUCAAGUUCAACGUCAAGGGCAAGGACGUCUCCUCUGGCAAAAUCGGCAACGCCUUCCAUACAAACACAGAGCUCAGCUUCAAGGCCCACACCGCCAACGACGCAGAGAAGUGGUGGUCCGUCAUUAAAGAGGCUACCCGUGGCUCCGGGGCUGCUGCCGCAUCGAACCUUGUUUCGCCCAUCGCUGCUUCGCCCAGUGCUACUUCCCCAACUGCCUCCGUUAGUCCCUCGCGUAACGUCUCCGGCCAGAGCCAGCCACCCACUUACGCCGAGAAGGAGAUGGAGAAGGCCCAGCCGACUUCCCAGCCGACUUCCCAGCCUGCUGCUUCUGCCACUACUGACGCGAAGGCUGCUGCCAGCCCAGCCGCUGCUGGUCCUGCUACGGCUAGUCCCGUUGCUGCCAGCCCGGCACCGGGUAUUACUCGCACUGCUAGCACCGCUAGUCACUUCCAUACUUCGCCUGGUGGAUCGGCUGUUGAGAAGUCGUAG